GCGAGUCGGCCGAGGCGGCGCAGCCCGCUCCCCCGCGCCCUAUGUGAGGGAAUCGGGGAGGCCCGCGGCGCGCCGGGGAGGGCGAGGCAUGUGCACGGGCCGGGGGGUGCUGCGGCCGCCCGAGGAAGAGGAGGACGGCGGCGGCGGCGGCGAGGAGAGUGGAGGGCUCGCGGCGGCGGGCCCGGGCCGAGGGGAUGCAGUGGACUGUGUGUGUCUGGCUGUAGCUGACGCGAGGCGGCGAGGAGGCGCCGGAGAUCUGCGAGAGGGGCGACCGGGAGGCGGCGGUGGUGGCGGCCGCGAGAAGUAGCAGCAGGACGGGCGGCGGCGGAGACGGCAGCCCUGAGAUGCAUUUUCCUCUCCAGCGGCCAUGUUAACCAGGAAACCUUCGGCCGCCGCUCCCGCCGCCUACCCGACCGGCCGAGGAGGGGACAGCGCCGUUCGUCAGCUUCAGGCUUCCCCGGGGCUCGGUGCAGGGGCCCCCCGGAGCGGAGUGGGGACCGGCCCGCCCUCCCCCAUCGCCCUGCCGCCUCUCCGGGCCAGCAACGCUGCCGCCGCAGCCCACACGAUUGGCGGCAGUAAGCACACAAUGAAUGAUCACCUACACGUCGGCAGCCACAGCCACGGACAGAUCCAGGUUCAGCAGCUGUUUGAGGAUAACAGCAAGACAGUGCUCACGACACAACAAAAUGGGCUUACAACAGUGGGCAAAACGGGGUUGCCCGUGGUGCCGGAGCGGCAGCUGGAGAGCAUCCACAGACGGCAGGGGAGCUCCACCUCUAUGAAGUCUCUGGAAGGCAUGGGGAAGGUGAAAGCCACCCCCAUGACACCCGAGCAAGCAAUGAAGCAAUACAUGCAAAAACUAACCAGCUUUGAACACCAUGAGAUUUUCAGCUACCCUGAAAUAUAUUUCUUUGCCAAAGCAAAGAAGCGCCAGGGCAGGCCCAACAACAGUAGCUAUGAUGAUGACCAGGGAUGUUAUGUGCAGGUGCCCCACGAUCACGUGGCCUACAGGUACGAGGUGCUCAAGGUCAUUGAGGGGAGCUUCGGGCAGGUGGUCAAGGCCUACGACCACAAAGUCCACCAGCAUGUGGCCCUGAAGAUGGUGUGGAACUAGAAGCACUUCCACCAGGAGGCAGCUGAGGAGUUCCACAUCCUGGAUUACCUGCAGAAGCAGGACAAGGACAACACCAUGAAUAUCAUACACAUGCUGGAGAACUUCACCUUCCACAGCCACAUCUGCAUGACAGUAGAGCUGCUGAUCAUGAACCUCUAGGAGCUCAUUAAGAAGAAAAAGUUUCAGGGCUUCAGCCUGCCUUUGGUUGGCAAGUUUGCCCACUUCAUCCUGCAGUGCCUGGAACUGCACAAAAACAGGAUAAUUCACUGUGACCUGAAGCCUGAGAACAUUUUAUUAAAGCAGCAGGGUUGAAGUGGGAUUAAAGUGAUUGAUUUUGUCUCCAGUUGUUACCAGCAUCAGCGGGUCUACACGUACAUCCAGUCCCGUUUUUACCGGGCCCCGGAAGUGAUCCUGGGCGCCAGGUACGGCAUGCCCAUUGACAUGUGGAGCCUGGGCUGCAUCCUCGCGGAGCUCCUCACUGGUUACCCCCUCUUGCCUGGGGAGGACGAAGGGGACCAGCUGGCCUGUAUGAUUGAACUGCUGGGCAUGCCCUCCCAGAAACUGCUGGAUGCCUCCAAACGAGCCAAAAAUUUUGUGAGCUCCAAGGGUUAUCCCCGUUACUGCACUGUCACGACUCUCUCGGACGGCUCCGUGGUUCUCAAUGGAGGCCGUUCCCGGAGGGGGAAACUGCGGGGCCCACCGGAGAGCAGAGAGUGGGGGAAUGCACUGAAGGGGUGUGACGACCCCCUUUUCCUUGACUUCUUAAAACAGUGUUUAGAGUGGGAUCCUGCGGUUCGCAUGACCCCUGGCCAGGCUUUGCGGCACCCCUGGCUGAGGCGGCGGCUGCCAAAGCCUCCGACGGGGGAGAAGACGUCAGUGAAAAGGAUCACCGAGAGCACUGGUGCUAUCACAUCCAUUUCCAAGUUACCUCCACCUUCCAGCUCAGCUUCCAAACUGAGAACUAAUUUGGCACAGAUGACAGAUGCCAACGGGAAUAUUCAGCAGAGGACAGUGUUGCCAAAACUUGUUAGCUGAGCUGAGUCCCGACCCCCCCACCCCUGCCCAUUGCUGGUAAUUCUGAAAGAUACGACAUUGCUGAGCCUUACUGGGUUGAAAAGGAGUAGCUCAGACCUGUUUUUAUUUGCUCAAUAACUCGACUCAUUUGUAUCUUUUCAGCACUUAUUUUAAUGUAAGAAAGAUGUUUGUUUUGUUUUUAUAAAAUACAUGGGGACAAUGCUUUAAGUUUUUAUACUUUCUGGAGCUGUUUUUGUGUUCUAAAAGUACGAUGAGCCUUACUGUAUUUAGUGUGGCAGAGUAAUAAACAUCAGUGGCAGGCCAUUGAUUAUGUCAUGACUGCCGCGCAUCUGCA